GUGACAUUUACAAUAUUCGAAAUACGGAUUUGACAUUUCAAUAUUGUGACUAUUUCAGGGACUAGAAGAGCGAUUUUCCUUAUUAUAAUUUCUAUAUGAAAAUAUGACAAGUAUAUAACUAAAAAUAUAAGUAGAUGAAAUGUGAAUUUUAAUACACUCUUACAAUUGUAAUUAAUAUAGUAACUAUAAUUACACUAAAAAGACAUUGUGGUGUCUCUCGUACACCCAAAGUAGGUACACUAACACUUUUGUGUACAUGCUUUUUUACCCCGGGCUGGGUCAGGGAGAGGGGUUCGAAGGAGCCUGGAGUAAAUUAUGGUAAAAAAAGUCCAAAGUAUUUCAUAUUAUGGUUACAAAAAAUACAUAUAUAUAGGUUUGGAAUAAAUUAAGUUUGACAACCAUAUUUGCUUUUAACUGAUUUCAUAUUUACACAUACAUAUAUGCUUUUUCAUAAAUACAUAUAUGCUUUUUCAUUCCGAUGACAACAAUUCUGAUGUGCCAUUAAAUUCUUCUAAUCACGUAAAAAAUUUGAGACAAUUACCUUUUAACUUUAAUUAGUCUAAAAGCACAAUCACCCUUUUACGAUUUUUUUGACACAGAAUGCCACACUCUCACCGUUUGAUAUGACAAUAAACAUACUUUUAUAAUUAAUGUCAUGAAUUGACCCUUAAAUGCGGCCCCUAUUUGUGCUUUACCAUUUAUCAAAUUUUAACAUGUGCUUCAAUUAUUUCAAUAUGACACUUUUAUAAAGAUUUACUCCCUUCGUCCCUAAUUUUUCUUUCAUAUUACAAGUAGCGCGAAAAUUAAGAUAGUGAGUAUUGCGUGGUGAGAGUUAUGCAAAGAAGAGAGAAAUGUGUAAUAACGUGUAAGAAUUGUUGUGUACAAAAAAUUCUUUGCCAAAGAGGGAAAGUGAAAGUUUACUUUGAGAUGCCCACAAAGGAAAGUUGGAAGUUUUUUAGGGAUGGAGGAAGUAUAAUUUAUGGUCUUAAUAGAAUCUUAUGAAUUGGGAAAAUUACAAUCAAUCAACCACACCAACUCUCAUUUCUAAUACAUGCACAACAUCUUACACAAUUUUUUUAUUUCUUAUUAUUUUUAUUGUUAUUCUUGUUUUUGUUAUGUCUCCGCAAAUAAAAAAGUUGAUGUAGUAUAUGUUAUACACUCCAGGGGUAUCAACUCUGUGUAGAGGAACCCCCACGAUCAACUAAGGCAAAUCCAAUUGAGCUUGAGCCCUCUGAGACUGAGCCCAAAACCAGUUCUCAUAUCUUCAAGAUAAGUCCAAAACUGCGGUAGAGACCGAGCUCACUUCUCAGUCCGAGGUCGAGAUCAAUUCUAGUGCAGCAACCUACCCUGAGGGCAAAUCUGGUGUUAGGUGCCCGAGAUCAGGGUUGUUCCUUAUGCAAGGCUUGAGGGCUUGGACCUCAGGAUCCAAAAUGUCUAAUGAAAUUAGGGCCCUAUUUAUUUCAUACCUUUACAUUAUACUCCUGGAUAUUUCUUGAAUGAGUUUAAAUCGUCCGCCUCGACAAGCCAUUGCGGUUUGCAAUUUGCAUAGGAGUGAAGGGCCGAUGGCAUGAAGUUGUUUGUUUCUUCGGCUUCUACACAGGGAAAACGGAUAGUUGUUCCAUCUUCUAUUACAGGUGGAGUUUUUUUUUACUCCAGGGGGCGUCUGAGGGAGGGGGCUGGGGGAGCUUGAAGUAAUCUGCUAGACUGAAACUCACUCUAUUGAGUUUCGACCGGAGACCUCCCGUAAGGGAGAGUGAGUCGGCGACCAACUAGGCUGGACCGCUUCCUCAAAAAAAGAGAACUAUCAGGAUGCUAUGGCCAUUUGUAGAUGGAUAGGCUACCUUGAUUUAUUUAUAACUUUCACAUGCAACCCAAAGCGGCCGGAUAUAAUUAGAUUUUUAAAUAAAAGAAAUCUUAAGCUAGAAGAUCGAUUGGAUAUUGUUUGUAUAGUCUUCAAAAUGAAGCUUGAUGGACUAAUCAAUGACUUCAGUCGAAAAAAAGUAUUUGGCACAGUUAAAGCAGGUAUGUUUAUAGCAACUAUUAUGUUAGAAAUAAAGUAUCUUGUAAUUAGUAUCAUAUAAAAUUUGAGUUUUUGUGCUUGCAGUUAUAUAUACACUAUUGAGUUUCAAAAGCGCGGAUUGCCUCAUGCUCAUAUAGUGUUGUUCCUCGACAAGAAUGAGAAAAUCCCUACAAUGGACUAUAUAGACACAAUCAUUUAGCUGAAAUCCCAUGUGAGAAGAAUGAUCCAGAGUAUUACAAUGUUGUGAAAGAUUAUAUGAUGCAUGGUCCGUGUGGAAAUGCGAAAAUGGACUCACGCUGUAUGGUAGAAGGACGUUGUUCAAAGUCUUUCCUAAGAAUUUUGUGAAUCAAACUUUUGUGGAUGAUGAUGGAUAUCCAGUGUAUAGACGAAGAGAUGACAGUCGAAUAGUUGAGAAAAAUGGUGUGCCACUUGACAAUCGAUAUGUAGUGCCCCACAAUAGACAUUUAUUGCUCAAGUACGCAGCACACAUGAACGUCGAGUGGUGUAACCACUCAAGAUCUAUUAAAUACUUAUUCAAAUAUGUGAAUAAGGGUAACGAUAGGGUGACUGCAGCAUUUUACGAAAGUGGAAAUGGAGAUGACGAAAGGGGUAAUGUGGAUGAAGUCCAAACGUACUACGAUUGCAGAUAUGUGUCUCCAUGUGAAGCUGUUUGGAGGUCUUCGGGUUUUGAAAUCUAGUAUAGUAGUGUUCCGAUGGACAUGUUGAGGUUUCAUCUUCAAGAUGAGCAAAAUGUCUAUUUCGAUUAUUUUGAUCCUAUUGACGAAGUUGUUCAUAGAGAAACAGUGUAACAUAGUAUGCUUUUGGCUUGGUUCAAAGCAAAUCAAGUUUAUCCUGAAGCACGAGAAUUGACAUAUGCUGAGAUGCCAAAUGAAGUUCAUUUGGAAACAAGCAACUAGAGAAUGGGUAUCAAGGAAGAAAGGUUUUGCAAUAGGACGGGUAUUGUACAUACCGCCUGGAUGUGGUGAACAAUUCUACUUUAGAUGUCUUCUUAAUGUAGUUUGUGGUCCAACGUGUUUUGAAGAUCUUAUGAAGGUAGAUGGUGUGCAAUAUAAGUCUUUUCGUGAUGCUUUCUAGGAAUUGGGGUUGCUGGAAGAUGAUAAGGAAUACAUUGAUGCCAUUGAUGAAGCAAGUUUUUGGGCAACUGCAUAUGCUUUGCGUAGACUUUUUGUUGCACUUUUGAUUGUUGAUUGCCUAAGCAGACCUGAAGAAGUUUGGGACAAAUGCUGGACUUAUUUGUCCGAUGACAUUCUCUACAGACAACAUUUGAUGUUCGACCAUCGUGAUCUCAUUUUGAGUGAAGAUGAAAUAAAGAACUACACGUUGUUUGAAAUUGAAAAAUUGUUGGGUCAUUGUGGAAAGAGUUUAGAAGAUUAUGAGGGAAUGCCAACUCUAGAUUCUAAGUUUUUAUUCACCAAUUAAUAGGAAUCGACUGGUGUAUGAUGAAUUAAGGUAUGCCAGGAUGUCUUUGCUUGAAGAACAUAAAAAAAUGUCAGAUAGUCUGAAUGAUGAACAGUUCAAUGUUUACGAAACGGUGCUCAAAGCCAUUGAUUCAAGUGAAGGUGGAGUGUUCUUUGUGUAUGGAUAUGGAGGAACAGGAAAAACAUUCGCGCGGAAAACUCUUUCUGCAGCUAUACGAUCCAAUGUAGAAAUUGUUUUAAAUGUUACUUCAAGUGGCAUCACAUCUCUUCUCUUGCCCGACGGUAGAACUGCACAUUCUCGAUUUAAAAUUCCAAUCAAUCAAAAUGAAAAUUCUACUUGCAAUAUCAAGCAAGGAAGUGCACUUGCUGAGCUUAUUGUGAAGUGCAAACUAAUAAUCUGAUAUGAAGCUCCAAUGGUACACAAACAUUGUUUUGAGGCUUUGGAUCGUACGUUUCGUGAUAUUUUACGUUUUACAAACCCACUGAGUCUAGAUUUGCCAUUUGGAGGAAGAACUGUGGUGUUUGGGGGAGAUUUUAGACAAAUUCUUCCUGUUAUACCAAAAGGAACAAGGCAAGAUAUAGUUAAUGCAACUAUACACUCUUCUUAUUUAUGGAGAUAUGUAAGAGUGUUGAGACUAACCAAGAAUGUGAGGCUUCUUCACGGAGAUUUUAGUCAAGCGCCUGAAGAUCUAUUUUCCUUUAUCAAGUGGAUUGCGGACAUUGAAGAUGAUUUUUUUGUGGCGAUAAUGAUGGUUGUGUUGAUAUAAAAAUUCCUGAUGAUCUGUUGAGUAAAGGUUAUGAUGAUCCAAUUACAUCAAUUGUUCAAAGCACUUAUCCUGAAUUUGUAACGAGUGGAGAUGAUCCCAGUUACUUAGAAAAGAGAGCAAUUUUGGCUCCAACACUUGAUGAUGUUGAUGUGAUCAAUGAUUACAUGCUUAGAAUGAAUGACGAUGAAUUAAGAACAUAUCUUAGUUCAGAUAGUCCGUGUAAAUCAGAUGCAAAUAUCGAUUUCUUAGCCGACCUUCAUACUCCCGAAUUUUUAAAUGGGAUAAGAGCUUCUCGAGUUCCAAAUCAUAAAUUGCA